AGCCCGGACAGCGGGAUGGAACUCGCUGGCGGCGGGGAGCAGGCGCCUCCGGCCCGCCGCUGCUUCCCCGCUGGUACCCACAGGUUCCCGACGAGGCCCAGCUCUCCGCAAAAGUGGGGAGGAGGAAAAGGAGCGGAGCGGGCGAGGAAAGCGACACGAACCCUACGUCCCGUGCCGAGAGAGACACCGGAUGCCCCGCCAUCGCCUUCCGCGCUCCCCACGCCAACGCUCGGGUUUCACUCGCCGCAGGAAAGGAGGCGGUGCAGGCGCGGGGGAGGAGCUGAGAAAGGGAGGGAUGUGGAUUAAAAAACUGCUUUUGAAUGAAGAAACUUUAUUUGGUGCCAGUAGAAGAGAAAAACAAUGGCCGAGGACGCGGAGAUCUUCCGGGGACGAAGGCGGGGACUGCUGAGGGCGACGAGAGAAGCGGAAUAAGGAAGUGGGCGGAAGGCGGAAGCAACCAGGGACCGGGACGUCGCAGGGACCAGGGAGCGGAUAAGGUCGCGGCAGCACGGGUCACGUGCUCCGACGGUCACGUGGACCGGGCGGCUUACGCUCCGCUGGGCCAGGAGUCCUGUGCGCCUGCGCAGUGUCGGGCGCUGGGCGGGGCGCUGGGUCGGUGUUGGGACUGGCUGCGGGAGCGCAGGACUGCAGCCGGUACUCUGUCUCUUGCCUGCGGCGGAGGCGCAGGAGCGUGCGCCUUUGGCGCGUCUGUCUUUUCUUCCCGCGGAGAGUGAAAUGUGAGGCCAUCAUCAGAUUUUAUGAAGAGGGAAGAUGUAAUCCGAUUUGAGUUUGGUUGCUGUGUUCAGAAGAAUCUGAAGAACAGAAGCUGGGAAACCAAUUCGAAGGCUGCGACAAUAAUCCCUGGGAAGGACAGCAGCUUGGACCAGGAUGGUGGCAGUGUUGGUGGUGAGGACCAGUCCGAACAAAGCCAGUGGGAUUUGCUGACAGACUGGGCUCCAGACGCGCAGGCUCAGCGGCCAUGGCUCACGGGCCCAGCCGCUCCGCAGCAUGUGGGAUCCUCCCGGACCGGGGCACGAACCCGCGUCCCCUGCAUCAGCAGGCGGACUCCCAACCACUGCGCCACCAGGGAAGCCCAAGAGCAAAGAUAGAAAGCACACUUGUUUGUCCUGUAGCUUUUACAUUCUUUGUCCCAGCCUCUGUGUGAAGACAAGAUUUAGAGCUUGGAGCUUGAGAUGUGGUAAUGCCAGCCAGACUUCUCAGGUCCUUGGCCAGAUCUCACUAUAUUUUAUCAGAAGCGUGUCAGUGCCAAAGACUUGUUCAUCGAACAUUAAAACCACUUAAGGAAUUUGAGACCACAACAUGCAACACCCUGACAAGAAGUCAGAACGUGAAUUUCUUCUUUCCUGAUACAGCAGCUGUUGGUUUGAAUAAGUCCCAGGUCCUGGAAAUGAACCGGAAAAUAUCAAAUACAAAUGUACUCUCUCCAUUAAACACCGCAUGUUACCAAGAUGAAAAAGAGCACCUUCCAACCAGGAACUCCCUUGGUACUCAUAGGAAAGUGAUUCACAAACCAAAUCUGUUAGGUUUUAAGUGGUUUAUAAAAAUACUGAAGAGACAUUCCUCAUCUGUGUCAACGGAAACACUUGUUUCUAAACAAGACUUUCCGCAAAUCAAGAGACCACUGAAAGCAUCAAGGACCAGGCAGCCAUCCAGGACCAACCUUCCAGUUCUGCCUGUGAACAAGGACCUGAUGCGCUGUACUGCGUUUGCAACCGCAGAUGAAUACCAUCUUGGAAGUCUCUCUCAAGAUCUGACCUCCCAUGGAUAUGUUGAAGUAACAAGCUUGCCUAGAGAUGCAGCAAAUAUUUUGGUGAUAGGUAUGGAAAAUGCUGCAAAAGAAGGUGAUCCUGGAACAAUAUUCUUCUUCAGGGAAGGAGCUGCUGUCUUCUGGAAUGUGAAAGACAAAACUAUGAAGCAUGUGAUGCAAGUUCUUGAAAAACAUGAAAUUCACCCCUAUGAAAUUGCAUUGGUGCACUGGGAGAAUGAAGAGCUUAACUACUCAAAAACAGAGGGACAGUCAAAACUUCACAGAGGGGAAAUCAGGUUAAAUUCAGAGCUAGAUUUAGAUGACGCCAUUCUAGAGAAAUUUGCUUUCUCAAAUGCUCUUUGCCUUUCAGUGAAACUGGCUAUCUGGGAAGCAGCACUGGAUAAAUUUGUUGAAUCUAUUCAGUCGAUUCCAGAGGCUUUAAAAGCUGGGAAGAAAGUGAAACUAUCUCAUGAAGAAGUUAUGCAGAAAAUGGGUGAACUCUUUGCCUUAAGACACCAUAUAAACUUGAGUUCAGACUUCUUGAUCACUCCUGAUUUCUACUGGGACAGAGAAAAUCUGGAAGAACUUUAUGAUAAAACUUGUCGGUUCCUCAGCAUUACUCGUAGAGUUAAGGUCAUGAAUGAAAAGCUUCAGCACUGCAUGGAGCUAACAGAUCUGAUGCGGAAUCACCUGACUGAGAAGAGGACGCUGCGCCUGGAAGGGAUGAUUGUCAUCCUUAUCACCAUAGAGGUAAUGUUUGAGCUGGGACGAGCAUUUUUCUGAUUGACGACCAAAGGAAAAGUGUCAUUGCAAGAUAUAUUGAAGCUCUACAAUCAAAAAUAAAUGCUCACCUGUUGAGAUUAAUAGGUAUUUAAUUUUUUUAAUCAAGAAAUUGUCACAGUGAUCUUUUUCAGUUUCUAAAUGUAUUGCUGCUUGAAUAAAAACUAUAAAGAAUCUGGCA